UUAUUUUAUUUUAGCUUCACAUUGUUAAACUAUAUUUUGUUUUAAUAAUUGCUCUGUUAUCUGAGUACUUUCUGAUAGACAAGAGCACAUCUAAAUAAUUUAAAACGUAAAUUCAUUCCAAAAGAAAAGAAAAUGAAAAGCUUUAUCUUGAUUUUAAUACUUUCACUAGUUAUGAGGGGUUUUUCAGCCAAUGAUCCACAGCAUUGCUUUGAUGUUUUGGAAAUUACACAAAAAUCCGAAAUAAAAAAGUUCUCUGAAAUGUCUUUCAUAGAAACCGCAAACACAGUUUUGACCGCCGAUAUAUUCAGUUGUUUCUUAGAAGAAUCGCGUAACAGUAAAGGCGAAAAAAGUGAAACUGAAAAACACUACGACAUUUACAAAAAAUGUAAUGAAUUUGAACAGAAUAAUAAUCAACCGAUUGGUAGUCGGCAAUUUAAUGAAUUAACUAAAUUGGGUUUGUCGCAGGCUCUGGACAAUUAUAUAAAAAAUAGAAUCAAAUCAAAAGAAAUGAAGAAUAGGGAAGGCAUCUUAUAUAUCGCAGAAGAAAUGGAGAAAAGCAUUGAAAAAAGUUUGGAAUUUAAAAAUUACAAAAAGUUCAUUUUACAACAACUUGAAGGUCCCAAAAUAAAACAUAUUAGUAAUGAUGAAAGGAGUGGAGAAAGUAAUCGAAAUUCUGGCCAGAAAUCGUAUUAUAUGGAUAUUUCCUAUAUUUUGCUCUUCCAAUAUAUAUGUUUAUUAUCUAUUUUAAUGUUUUUGUAGAAUUUGGAGUCUAAUAAUAUGUAUAUUGUAUUAUAUGUAAUAAAUAAUUAAUAAUAAAUUUAU